AUGGUUGCUGCCGAUGCUGUGGCUUCUUUGGACGGAGCCAAGACCAAUGAAGACGUCCAGAACACAGACCACCGCGGGUCUGUGACCAACGAGGACGAUCGUGAGUUGCUGAAGCUUGGCUACCGCGCUGUCUUGGCGCGUGGAUGGGGCACGUUUGAUAACUUUGCCUGCUCAUUCUCUGCGCUGUACUGCAUCGGAGGCAUCCGGGUGCUGUUCUACAUCGCAUUGAGCGCAGGUGGACCUGCGGCGCUAUGGAGUUCCUGGGUUUCCGGUAGUAUCCUGUCGAUCAUCACGGCUGCCUGUCUCGCCGAAGCGUGUUCUGCCUAUCCUGCCGCCGGAUCCAUUUACUACUGGGCCUUCCGAUCCUGGGGAGGUGGACGCCUAGGACGUUUCGUCUCGUUCAUGGUUGCCGCGUGGACACUCGUCGCGUGGACGGCCUUCUUGGCGAGCGAUUCGUUCGGGGUGGCCAACUACCUGGUGUCGGAAAUUAUCGUCUUCAACCCGGAGACGAGCUUCCCUCACGACACUUCGACUGGCCGUGCGCGCGCGGUUACUUGGGCUAUUUCGUUGUUGUUCCUGGCGAUCGCCACGUCGCUGAAUUUCCUGCCACCGCGCAUGUACGCGUGGGUUUUCCGCACCGGUUUCGCCGUCAUCGUCAUCGACAUGCUGCUCAACUUCAUUUGGCUCCCGAUUGGCGUGUCGAAUACCUAUGGCUUUCAGUCUGCCGACUUCGUUUUCACAUCCGUGUAUAACGGGGGUGAGACAGCUCCCAGCCUUAAUUGGGUGCUGUCUUGGUACCUGGUUUCUAGUUGUCUCGUUGGCGAAGAUGCGUCCGGCCACGUCGCCGAGGAGACUAUCUCGGCCAAGAAGGCUGCUGCGAAGGGGGUCUUCUGGUCUACAGUUGCCUCUGCGCUGUGUGGAUUCCCAAUCAUCAUUCUUUUUCUCUUCUGUAUGCCCUCGAUCGAGACGUUCUACGACACCGCCGCGCCCCAACCGUUCAUCAACAUGUACGCGUUGGCGCUGGGACCUCAUGCCCACGUUGUGAUGACCAUCGUGUCUAUGAUCGGCGCCAUCCUCAACACUUCGAUCUCCUUGGUAGCGGUGUCGCGCCUCGUUUUCGCCGUUGCGCGUGACGGCGUCUUCCCUUUCAGCGAGGUGCUUUCCCGAGUUUCCAAGGCGAAACAGCCCCGCAACGCGGUCAUCUUCAUUGCCGCCAUUGCGGCGCUCCUUCUUUGCACCCAGCUGGCAUCCCAGGUUGCUUUCUAUAGCUUGGUCUCGACAUCGGCAGCUGGGUCAAUUGCCGCGUAUGGUCUUGUUGGUAUUGGUCGCGCCUUCAUCACCCGAAAGUCCUUCUGCCCGGGGGUUUGGGAUCUGGGCCGGUUCGGUGCGGUGGCCGCCAUCGUCACAUUUGUCUGGAAUGGGUUCGCAUUCGCAGUCCUGUGCGCACCGCAGUAUUCGGAUGCUGCGAUUGAUGAGGACUCCAGCCUGUUCAACUAUGCGAUAGUCAUUAUGGGUGGAGUCACUAUCCUCGCACUGGGCGAGUGGUACCGCAAAUCGAAGCAGGAAUGGUUCCAGCAUCUGAAGGUCAGCGACUCGGCAUCUGAAAGCGAUGCCUCCGUGGAGCGAGAUGUGGUUGCCGGCAUAUCGGGCAAGGAGAGCGCUGUCUAA